AUGGCGGAUGAUUGGAAUCAAUUUAUUGGCAAUUCAUCGGUUGAAAUAGUACAAGGGGAUAACGGCAGUAUCCUAGGGUGUGCUUUCGCCUCUUUCGGCGGCAAUCCUCUUGGACAAGAAAGUCCAUCAGGAAAACUUUCAUCCGUGUAUAAUGCACCAUUAGCUAUUGGUACAGCUUUUGUAGCAAUCAGUUAUGUGAUAUCAAAAACUGGAAUUGUGAAAUUUGGAAGUGCUGAUAAGCCAGAUGCUCAUGACCAUGGUUUAUCUACAAGUGAAACUGGUCAUGACCAUGGUUUAUCUAAAAGUGAAACUGGUCACGGCCAUGGUUUAUCUACAAAUGAAACUGGUCACGGCCAUGGUUUAUCUACAAAUGAAACUGGUCAUGACUAUGUAGUAACUACAGAUGGUACCGAAAAAUCGUGUGUACCGUGUUCUAAAAUUUUUAAUGUAAAAUUAGCACCUUCUGUAUAUGAUAUCUUUCGUGCUGGCCAGUUUUUCAUAACAACUGCACUAAUUUCUAUACCUAAUAUUUCGGAAUUCUAUCGAGAUUUGGCUUCAAAACUCAGUUGGUUAUGUGCUUUACCAAAUAGUUUUAAUUUGAUCUAUCUAUCCAGCAUUGCUGAUAACGGCAUACGGAUUGCAAUAUGCCGGAUGUCUAAGACUUGUAAAACAACUACCGACGUCACGUACAAUAGUACUGAGAUUUGUGAUCUGGAUUCUAAUUCUGGAUUUUACAGUUUCGCAAAAACUUUAUCAGUUCCAUCUUAUAAUUUAUUUUUCUUGGCGUUCAUGGCUUUUCUUUCUGCAUUGGCACUUGCCAUUGGUAUUACAUUACUCAUUUGGGUAAUGGCUCGGUAUGGUGUCUGUUUAUACAAUAAAUGGAAAAUCUUACAGACGUCUGAUCAUAAAUUUAUUUACGGUGCAUUAUAUACUCAAUAUAAAGAAAAUAAUGAUAUAAAAGAUUCUCGUAUCUGGUUUUUUAUAAUUACGUUUUCUUAUGAUUUCUCUCGAGGUGUUAUUACUGGGUUAACCCAAGAUUACAAUAUAAUUCAAGUGGCUGGUUUAAUUGUUACUGAAUUAGUUUUAUUAAUUUUAUUAAGUCGUUUUAAACCUUUUAAAACUCGUCUAAUGAAUGUUUUAAAUAUUUGCUCAUCAGUUUUAAGGUUAUUGAUUUCACUUUUAUUAAUUACUUUUAUUUUCGUUUCUAUUCAACCUCUUGAAACGUUUAUUUAUAUCUUACAAUUUAUGCUUGUUUUUAUGUUAUUGUUUGUAAUUUUAUUACAAUUAAUUACUACAAUUAGAAAUUCCUGUUGUAAAAAGAAGGAAUCAGAAAACGAUGAUAAUGAAAAAAAUAAUUGA